CCUCCCAAAUCUGCUAGCUCUCUCAUCUGCUCACAGCCUUCGCAAAUCAUUCGAUUCGAGGCAAAGCUCUCAUCUUCUCCCACAAAUCUCUCUCUCUCUCUCUCUCUCUCUCUCUCUCUCUCUCUCUCUCUCUCUCGCUUUGUUGUUGAUCCAAAGGCAAAGCCAUGGCGCUGACGCUGCGUUCCACCACGUCGUUCCUGUCGCCGGUGGACCCCAACUCCAAGCUCCUGCACAAGGCAGGGGGCGACGACGCGCCGCCGUGCUGCGUCGCCGUGCCCUCUCCGGCCCAAGCCGCGGCGCCGAGCCGCAGGCUGCGCCUCGCCAGGGCGGCGGCGCCCGCGGCGGCGGAGCGCGCGCCGACCGAGGCCGAGCCGCUGCUGCUGCACGGCGGAGGCGCGGGGCAGGACCACGGGCGGCCGCGUGGCGGGGUGCCGGUGUACGUGAUGCUGCCGCUGGACACGGUGGGGCCGGGGGGUCAGCUGGGGCGGCCGCGCGCGGUGGCGGCGAGCCUGAUGGCGCUGCGGGGCGCGGGGGUGGAGGGCGUCAUGGUGGACGUGUGGUGGGGCGUGGUGGAGCGGGAGGGCCCCGGCCGGUACGACUGGGAGGCGUACGCCGAACUCGUGCGCAUGGUGGAGCGCGCCGGCCUCCGCCUCCAGGCCGUCAUGUCGUUCCACCAGUGCGGCGGCAACGUCGGCGACUCCUGCAACAUCUCGUUGCCGCCAUGGGUGCUGGAGGAGGUGAGCAGCAACCCGGACAUCGUGUACACGGACAGGUCCGGCCGGCGGAACCCCGAGUACAUCUCCCUCGGCUGCGACACGCUGCCGGUGCUCAAGGGCCGGACGCCCAUCCAGGUCUACGCCGACUACAUGCGCAGCUUCCGCGACAGGUUCCGCGGCUACCUCGGCAACGUAAUCGCGGAGGUCCAAGUAGGCAUGGGGCCUUGUGGAGAGCUGAGGUAUCCUUCCUACCCAGAGGCCAAUGGAACCUGGCGUUUCCCGGGCAUCGGCGAGUUCCAAUGCUAUGACAAGUACAUGCAGGCGUCGCUGAAGGCGGCGGCGGUGGAGGCGGGGCACGAGGAGUGGGGGAGGAGCGGGCCGCACGACGCCGGCGAGUACAAGCAGUUCCCGGAGGAGACGGGCUUCUUCAGGCGCGAGGGCACGUGGAGCACCGAGUACGGCCACUUCUUCCUGGAAUGGUACUCGGGCAUGCUCCUGGAGCACGGCGACCGCGUCCUGGCCGCCGCCGAAUCCGUCUUCGGCGGCACGGGAUCCACGCUCUCCGCCAAGGUUGCCGGCAUCCACUGGCACUACCGGACGCGCUCCCACGCCGCGGAGCUCACCGCGGGGUACUUCAACACGCGGCGCGGCGACGGGUACGCGCCGAUCGCGCGCAUGCUGGCCAAGCGGGGCGCCGUGCUCAACUUCACGUGCAUGGAGAUGAAGGACGAGCAGCAGCCGCCGCACGCCAGCUGCUCGCCCGAGCUGCUGGUGCAGCAGGUCAAGGCCGCGGCGAGCGCCGCCGGGGUGGAGCUCGCCGGCGAGAACGCGCUGGAGCGGUACGACGAGGCGGCCUUCUCGCAGCUGGUGGCGACCGCCCGGGCCUCGGGGCUCAGCGCGUUCACGUACCUUCGCAUGAACAAGAAGCUGUUCGACGGCGACAACUGGCGGCAGUUCGUGGCGUUCGUCAGGGCCAUGGCCGACGGCGGCUCGAGGCCGGUGCUCCCGAGGUGCGACACGGGGCACUCGGACCUGUACGUCGGGUUCCUCGACGCCGUCAAGGAGAGGAAAGCGCCGGAGGCCCAGGGCGCCGCCACCGCGGCGGCAUUGUAGGUGAUGCCCCAUGGCUGUCUGUGCGUGCACCCCAUGCUGUUGUAGGGUACGUGCACCGGAGAAGGGAAGUGUAUAGAUUCAGGGGCUUGCAGGUUGCAGAGUUUUAGGCUGUAAUCGAGCAGGCAGGUCCAGAACUUAGGCUCUCUUCGGUUUUUUUAACUCCACUCGAUCGAAACUGUAUUAUAUAUGAUGAGCAGCUUUGUGACUGCUCACGAUGUCAUGAACUUGGCUGAAACAACUUGCAAGGCAA